AUGAGUGAUGAUGAAUUCCAGAUCCCUUCUGCUCCUCCUGGGGAAGGAUCUGUCCGAACUGCUUCCAGCAAGAGGACCAGUAAUGCUCGCAGCAGCCGUGCAUCCUCGUCUGCGGCAGGCGAGCCGAAAAUCAAGCUUUGUGCCUUCUGGGCAUGUGACGAAGACUGCAAGCAAGGCAGGCGUCAUUGCAGCCAUCACAAUCGGCACCUUGACAAUGCUCGCAACCAGGUUGCGAAGCAGAAGGGCGAGCAGGCUGCAAAGGCUUUCGUUGAGAAGUGCAAGGACAUUGAUUUCGCCAACAAGCAGGUUGAAUACAUGGCAAAACGGAGCAUCGCCCUCCCGAUGUUCGCCCACCAGCCACUCAUUGACUUCGCCCAAUGGGAACAAGAAUUCGGGGUGAACAAGUAUGGGAGAAACAAGCAGGAGAUGUACAGUGAAUGGAAACAGAAAGUCGCGGGCCCGUGGAGGCGUGACAACAACGGCUGGAAGGGUGCUAUGCGCCUCUGGCUGCCAUCCAGGGAGUACGAAGCAGCUUCAACAUCGAGGUUUGCCAAGGGAGCGAGCCAUGAGGUUUCCAGGGGGAAGAAGGCCCCCAAGGCGGGGGACUUGGCUGCGUUUCGUGCUCAUGCUGGGGAAGCUGGCCUGGAUCUUACUCACGACUUCUUCGGCGCUUGCAAUCGUGAAGCAUCCAUGGGUGAUGUAGACCUUGAGCUUGAAGCUGCCACCGGCAGCGACAUCAACUCAAACGUCCAACAGCUUUCACCGAGCAAGCCCGAGGCGUCCGAGUUGAAACGAAAGGCGUCAGCUUUGACUUUGGAUGCCAGCGAGGAUGAGGGUGAAACGGAUCCCAAGAAUGCGGCCAAGCAGAAGAAGAAGAAGUCCGGUAACCUUGCAAGCCAGCGUGCUUCUUUGUUCGACUCCUUGUCGAAGCAGUUGGGAGGCAAAGUCGCGUCGAUUGUGGCCAAAAUCGAGGAUGCUGUGCAAGCCCAGGCCAAGGAGAAGGCGGCACCAGUUCCAAGCACAUCCACGGAUAUCACCACGCGAUCGCUUUACAACCAAACUUUGCAGCAGAGCUUGUUGUUGGCCAAGGCGUGGAACGAUGCCACCUCCAUCAAGGACGAGGUGGAGAAGCACAACAAGUCCAUGGAGGAGCAGCAGAAGCCCGACGCCGUGAUCGAUAUGACUUGCAAGGACACCCUUCAGCAGCAAGGGCCCGCACUUGCUUGGGCGUUGAGCACAGCAGGGCAGUCCGUGAACAUCGAGCGGAAAGACUUCCUUCGCUCGAAGGAGUUCAUGCAGAGCUUUGUGAAUCUCGUCCCGGAGUGUGAGCUGGAUGAGACCCGCCUUGAUCGAACUCGCGUUCAAUGGAGGCGGAUGAUCACUGCUGCCACUCAGCUCGAGACUUCUCUGAAAAAGUGCACAGCAGAUGUCAACAAGCAUGUGGCAGGUUUGGCAGCAGCUACUGAGAGGAACGAGAAGAAGCGAAAGGAGAAGGAAGCCAAAGAAGCUGAGGCGAAGCAUCUUGAGCUAUCCAAAGCGAGGUUGAAACAGGCUACAGCGGAUGGAUCCGGUAUGCCGGCUAUCUUCAAGUUGGCCGAGGGCGAUGUCCAGGCCAUCAAGGCAUUGGACGGGAACACCAUCCCGUCUGACCACGACAUCGGCCUGCCUUGUGUUCUCAAGAAGUCCUCACAUGUCACGACAUGGGCGGGCUCUGCUGUUGUGUUGCAGACCUUGACGAACUUUGGUGCCCGGUACAAGAAGUCUCCUGGCUUUGACGACCUCCACAAGCUGAGCACGCCUUUUGUUGCAAAAGCUGGCAAAGAGCCGACCGAGAAGCUCUUCGCGGACAUCAUGCUUAAUGUGAAGGGCAAGAUCGUCGACGCGGAAGCGGUGGCCCCUCAGUGGAUGAGCACCUCCUGGAUGAUGGGGCUCGCGCCGAAGACAUCCUUCAUCGGCUUGUGCCCGAACUCUGCAGCCUUCCUCAGAGUCCUGUCGUAUGGCGAUGUGGAGGUUUACUGCAUGAGCAUGGUCGACUUCAUGAAAGGCGUGACGGCAGCGGGAACCGCAGCCCCAAAGUCCACCUCAGAGUUGGAGGAGAUGAUCUUUCACUUGGACGGAGCCGUGUGGAAAGCGAUGGGGGUCAAGCCCUACUAUCACAAGCUGGAGAAGGACCAGGUCCUGUUUGUGCCCAUGGGUUACUUGCUGAUGGAGCGGAGCGGUGCAUCCACCAUGAAUUACGGAGCCCGGAAAUCCUUCAUCAUGCACGAAGGCCAUGCAAUCGAGAAUUACACGGCCUGCAAAUCUCUGCAGGCAAAAGAUGGCAAGAAUGUGGAGAAGAUGCAGCAAGUUCUUGAUUGCAUUGCAGAGCAUGGGAAGUGA